UCCAUGGCAGAGUUGAGAGGUGAGAAGAGCGGUGAUUUUUUUUCUUCUGCGCGCAAUCCACCUUCUCUCGCGUAAGGUCACGCUACGGGGUCGCCGUCGGGUCACACAGAGGACGAGCCAAGUCCAGUCUCGUCGUCUGCACCAGCCAUGGAGACGGAAGAGGCGCCCACUCCUCCCAAGAAGAAGAGCAAGCGGAUGCAGAAAUACCGCGACGUGUGGGAAGAGGAGUACCCGUGGCUCGGCAAAGUCCACGGCGAUUGCUUCAGAGCGAGGUGCAAGAUCUGCAGAAAGGACAUCUCCGUGUGCCACGGCGGGGCCUACGAUCUGAAGCAGCACGCGGCUGGGGAGAUGCACAUCCGCAACAUGCAAAGAUCCGAGCGUAAAGUCGCACGGCCCAAGCUUGCGAAGGUUGCCGUCGACAAAUCUGUCGAGGCAGACAAGGUCACUGCGGCUGAGCUGGCAAACGUGUAUCACACCGUUCGACACAACCUGAGUUAUAACAGCAUGGGCUGUGGCAUCAAGUUUGGCGAUUUGUGCACGAGCAAGAAGAUUUCGUGCGGCAGGACAAAGGCCGAGAGUCUCGUGAAAGACGUCCUAGCUCCUAAAGCUGUGAGUCACAUUUUAAACGCCCUAUGCAGGGAAGGGCAGCAUCCGUUUCCAUUUGCAAUUCAGACGGACGCCGCGAGCAAAGGAAAUCGCAAAUCGUUUCCCAUAGCCGUCCAGUUCUUCACCCCUCAGCAUGGCAUGGUAAACAGAAUGAUCGACUUCAUAGAAAAUCCAGACACAUCGACCGCAAGUGUGAAAAACUCUAUUACAACAUCGCUCGGCAAUUUGGGGCUGUCUGUCGACUUGGUCUCGGCUUUUAGUGCAGAUAUGACAAACUUUAAUUCUGCGGUUCAUCAUUCCCUGUUCACGGAUCUGCAUAGGAACCACGAGCAUCUGCUACAAGUAAACUGCCACGCUCACAUCGUGCACAACGCCAUUAGACAUGCCAUGGAUGAACUUUCCGUGGACAUUGAAAACGUAAUUCACAAGGUAUGCGGUUUCUUUGCGGUGUGCGCAACACGGUCAGAGUCGCUGAAGGAAUUUUUUGAUUUUCUGGAUACGCAGUGGAGAGAAAUACUCCGGAAUUCCACAAACAAGUGGGUUUGCCUGAAUCCUGCCAUAUCAAAAACAUUACAAAACUGGCCGGCCAUCAAGUCAGAGUUAAACGGCAUUGGUGACGAAUGUCCCAAGCAGAUCCGGAAGGUCCUGCACCCUCCAACAAAUGGAGACGCGGUUGAGGCCGACGACAGGCAAGACUCAGUGGAAGUGUAUCUUCUCUUUUGUAAUAACACUCUCGGCGUCUUUGAAGACGUCGUCAAGAAACUUGAGAGAUGUGACGUCACAAUCCUGGAAAUUUACCAGUUAAUGACCAGCCUAAAAGGGAAACUCAACCAAAGGAUGGAAGAUGAACUGUUUGGUUACAUAACCAAGAGGAAGUUGGCCGGGCUGCCCCCAUCGGAAGCAGUCAGGGCCAGAAGUGAAUUUAAGGCCUUCCUAACCUGCGCCGUCGCUCAUCUUCAAAAAUGGUUUUGGUUUUCCGAGGAAAAUUGGCUUUCUUCUCUGCAGCCACUCGCCCUGCACGGUGCUUACGAGCUGUCCUUCGCCGAUCUGGGCGAGGUUGCUCGUCGCCUCAGUCUGAUCGAGAGGCUGCAGUUGGACAUGGACGCGCUCUUUCUCGAGUUUACAGCGUUCAAGGCGGUUCUCGACGAGCUCCAGAAAACCAAGGAAUGGAAGUUGAAGAGCACCUCGAGCAAGUGGCAAAGCAUAUUUCAAACGGCCGGCGCCGACGCACUUCCAAACUUGCUCUCUUUGCUGUCGUUCCUGCUGAGUGUGCCCGCGACCACGGGAUACGUCGAGCGCAUACUGCCUCUGAUUCACAGCAAGUGGAACGACAUCCGUAACAGGUGUUCGAUAGAGCUGAUCAAGAGUGAGCUUCUUGUGACGCUGAACUUUGACAUGGGGUGCGCUGACUUUCACGCGAUGAUUCUCAAAGACAAAGCUUUUCUCACAGUGGCGAAGAGCGACCAGAAGUAUUCGUUCAAGAGGGCCAAGCCAAGUCAAUGUUGAGGUACAUCAAGAAAAUGAUACUCUGGAUUGCCUAUCAACACCAAUGAUCAAAUUUACACAGUACAUUUGCAGCAAGCGUAAUGCUUCACCGCCAUUGUGAUUUUUUUUUACAUUGUCGUUAAAGUAGUGGCGGUGGAGCGGUGGCACUGUGGUUAGCACACUAUGCUUUGAACGUGAGUUCGAUUUCCAGCCAUCGGUGGCGAGCGAUAUCUGAACUGGUUCUGGUCUCCCCUUCACAAACCCACACCCACCAAUACGGUUAAGUUCGGUUACACAAACCCAUUGGGUAGGUCUUCAUCUAGCGGUGGAUUGUCAAAGGACCGUAAGUGAAUGUAGUGGGCACUCGCAGCUGCAGAGAUGACGUCAACUCGUUACAUACACCCAUAUAUGAAUUUAAAAACAUCAGUUCUCAGCCAUGGCAGCUCAGCGCUUCUGACCUCGGAGCCACCCAAACACCUGGGCCAUGUUUGAUUUUUUUUUAUCUAAGGCCAAAUAAGAGCUGCUGUGCAUUGCUUAUUCUACUAUUUUAGUCUGAACUAUGGUCUUGGAAAAUAUGGCCGUGAAAACCAAGGAAUAGAAAAUCUGCGACUGGCAGAAUUAGGUUGGAACAGAUUCAAUGUGUACAGACGUGUUCAUAUCUGAGCAAGUGAUGCUUACCUCUGCCAGUGUUACUGGUAAACGGUGUAUUAUACAAAAGCAACCAAAAUAACAUUCGUUGUCUUUCCCUCAGCGGUCUUCAGUAUUCCGGUCGCCACUUUCAUCAGUGGCAAAUCAAAGGAAGGUCUGGAAUGCGACUACGGGAAACCUGACCAAACCGUAGAGAACCACUGCAAACUUCUGGAAUUCAAACUUGAUUGGAAGCUUUCGUGACUGCAGGAAUUACUCUUUGGUUCUUUUGGUAAAGUCACGUGGGGAGAAAAUAAACUAAAUAAUAGAAUACGACGUUUCGAUUGCAACACAAGCAGUCG